AUGACUAGCCGCAAGCGCAACGAAUUUCUGGACCACGGACUCAGCGACGAGGAAGAGGAUGCAGGCUACAACUCGGAAGAGCAAGAAGAGAGCCGUGGCGCACGAUCCAUCAAGCGACGAAGAGUCGAGCAAGACUCUGACAACGACUCGCAAGACUUUGACGACGAAGAUGAGGAAGCUCUGGACAAGACGAGCGCAAUCGACGAUGAAGACGACAACGACACUCUCGAACCCGCAACAACAUCCACAAAAGAAAAGACAGUCAAACCCUUGACCCAGAAACAACUCCUCAAGGCCCAGAAAGCAGCAAAGAAGACCGGUGUAAUCUACAUCUCGCGCAUCCCACCAUUCAUGAAACCUGCAACCCUCAAACACUACCUCUCUCCCUACGGCGAAAUCGGACGUGUGUUCUUGACUCCCGAAGACCCUGUGGCCCAAAAACAGCGCGUGCGCAACGGCGGCAACAAGAAGAAGUCAUUCACAGACGGCUGGGUGGAAUUCAUCAACAAAAAAGACGCAAAAGAUGCUGCGGAAACACUAAACGGCAACAUCAUUGGUGGCAAGAAGGGAAACUUCUACCAUGAUGAUAUGUGGAACAUGAAGUAUCUGACUGGGUUCAAGUGGAGUCAUUUGACCGAGCAGAUUGCGAACGAGAAUGCCGAGAGAGCGGCUAGAUUGCGCGCAGAAGUUGCAAGGACGAGAAGGGAGAACAAGAGCUUUGUUGAGGAUAUUGAGAGGAGUAAGAUGUUGGAGGGUAUGCGCGCUAAGAAGGCUGCUCAAGCGGAUAGGGCUGGUGUUGCAGCAGAACCUGCUUCUGCUGGUGCUGUCAGAGAGUUGAAGAGAGAUUUCAAGCAGAACGAAGUCAAGAGUAAGAAGAUCAAGGACUCGAGCAAGUCGGCGCAGUCCGAAGAUGUUCAGAAGGUUUUGAGCAAGAUCUUCUAG